AUGUCGCCUCACAUCAAGUCUUUGACGGCUCUGGCAUUCUUGCCCCUAGCUUUUAGCUUCAACCUCUGGCCCUUGGUUGAAAUGGAAGCGUUGGCAGAGAUCCUACAGAUUGCACCUGCUUGUGUUGUGGCAUUAAAUGCUACCGUUGCCUGCGAGCAAGACCUCUUCCAGCGAACCAUCAACGUUGACGGGCUCUGGUGA